AGUAAUAAUUAAGAAAAUGCAUGAACCUAUAUAGUGUUACUUUAUUGACAAAUCAAUGGGAGGGAGCGAUCGCCAAUCCAAGUAAAGUGCCGCGAACCGCUGUGGGCCUGUGGCGUGCCAGUGAAGUUGAAGUCUCCAGUUUCUCUUCCUCUCUUCUCUACGACUUGGAGCCAAGAUUCGUUUUUCUCAUAUCACUUCAUCUUCUUUUCCCUGCAAAUUUUGGGGAUUUUUCACACCCAUUAUCAUGCUAAAACUAUAAUCCAAAUAAUCAUUUUUGUUUUUUUUUGGCAGGGAAUUAUACAUUCAUGUGUAGAGCAGCGUAUAAUCCAAGCGUCAUAAAUCAUGGCCUGCAACCUUCGAAACAGUUUCAAAUGCAUUCAUUCACUAAGUCAUACAAGGGAGCCAUGUGUGAACAAAAUAAUUUCCUUUCAACAAUGACUACUAACAGCACUAAUGAUAUCUGUGACUAUUAUUGACAAGGAUUGCGAGGAAAAGAUUAUCAAAGUCCCUGUUGGCAUGUCUAUGUUAGAAGCUACUAAUGAAAACGACAUUGAACUGGAAGGAGCAUGUGAGGGCUCACUUGCAUGUUCAACUUGCCAUCUUAUAGUCAUGGACGUAGAAUAUUACAAUAAGUUGGAAGAUCCAGCUGAUGAGGAAAAUGACAUGUUGGAUCUAGCUUUUGGGCUCACUGAAACGUCACGUCUGGGUUGCCAAGUGAUUGCUAAACCUGAACUUGAUGGAAUUCGUUUAGCUAUUCCUUCUGCUACUCGAAACUUCGCUGUUGAUGGUUAUGUGUCGAAACCACACUAGCAAGUACUGGAUAAAUUCGGGUGUGGUGCAAAGAAUGCAGCUAUCUCAGUUUUGUAGCUUCUACCGAGUUAGAUUAAUGAGCAUUAAUUGAUCAUGGGCAUUAUUAUUCAUAUUGAGUUUUGUCUAUGAUUGCCGACAAACUAGAGUGAUCAAGAUCGAAUUCGAUUAAGCUAUAA